UGAAACCACGGCUACGACACCGACCACAAGAAGUCAUGCUUAAAUGCGAACUGUGUCUCUCUCGCUUGCUCCGACAGUGUUCGUUCGUUUGUUCGUCCGUUCUUCUGCUUAUUCUGUUUGUGUACGUGAGUGCGUGCGUGUUUGUGUGUGUGUGAGUGUACUGUCGCAAAAUCACGAACAAACAAACAAACAAACACCUCAUCCGUAUAUAUGUACAAGAACAACAAUGUUAUUUAUUCAUUUAAAAACUGGAAAUACUUAUUCACUAUGUAAAUCUAUCACAAUCAAUGAAUGCCUUCAUGAGUUGUUAUCUUUCAUACCUAGUUUAUGACAUUGUUGUCCGCUCUUGUUUAUUCAUUUAUAUGACGACCAUAAUUACAAUAAUAAUAAUGAUAUAUGCUUUGAUAUUAUUCAAA